AUGCUGACUCGCCUGUUCCGUAUGCAUGGCCUCUUGGUGGCCUCACACCCCUGGGAAGUGAUAGUUGGAACUGUCACCCUCACCAUCUGUAUGAUGUCUAUGAACAUGUUCACUGGCAACGACCAAAUCUGUGGCUGGAAUUUUGAUUGCCCCAAAACAGAGGAGCAAAUUCUGAGCAGUGAUAUUAUCAUCUUGACCAUCACACGGUGCAUUGCCAUCGUUUAUAUAUAUUUUCAGUUUCAGAACUUGAGACAGCUUGGAUCCAAAUAUAUUCUUGGCAUUGCAGGGCUUUUCACAAUAUUUUCCAGCUUCGUGUUCAGUACAGUUGUAAUUCACUUCCUUGAUAAAGAGCUCACUGGUCUCAAUGAGGCUCUGCCCUUCUUCCUGCUUCUGAUCGACCUUUCCAAGGCAUGUGCGCUCGCUAAGUUUGCCUUAAGUUCCAGUUCUCAGGAUGAAGUGAGGGACAACAUUGCCCGUGGCAUGGCAGUACUGGGACCUACCUUCACUCUUGAUGCACUGGUGGAGUGCUUAGUAAUCGGAGUGGGAACCAUGUCAGGUGUGCGACAGUUGGAAAUUAUGUGCUGCUUCGGCUGCAUGUCUGUACUGGCCAAUUACUUUGUGUUCAUGACCUUCUUCCCUGCGUGUGUUUCUCUGGUGCUGGAGCUGUCCCGUGAGAGUCAGGAGGGUCAUCCCAUCUGGCAGCUGAGCCACUUCUCUAGAGUGAUGGAGGAAGAGGAGGACAACAAACCCAACCCUGUUACCCAAAGAGUCAAAAUUAUCAUGUCUCUUGGGCUGGUCAUGGUUCAUGCACACAGCCGGUGGAUUGCUGAGCCAUUGUCAGUCAACAGCACAUUGGGCAUCCCACAGGUGGGCAUGGAGCUGAACAAUCUGUCCCCUAGGAGAAUCGAACCAGAGAAGCCACUCUGGCAUUUCUACCUGACCAGGAUGAUCACCAUGGACAUAGAACAGGUCAUCUGCCUGGCUCUGGCCCUUCUUCUGGCAGUCAAGUACAUUUUCUUUGAGCAAGUUGAGAUGGAGUCCACCCUGUCAUUGAAGAAUCCUAUUAUGUCUGCCCCGGCCCUGACUCCACGAUGGUCUGCUGAGACCUGCUGCAGGAAAGAGCUGCCGACUUGCAGACCCCUGUGUCCUGUCCAGAAUAUGACCACCACAGCAUUAGCCAAGAAGGAAGACCAAGAUGAGGUGAUCCGGCCCUUGCCAACCCCAGUGACCGACCCUCAGCCAGAGACUGCCUUUGUCAUGGGGGAAGAGGAGAAAGAAUUCAAGUCAGAGCCAAGGGAAACCAAGCUCCCCCCAGAGCCCAGAAGCUUGGAUGAAUGUGUGUCCAUCCUCAGCAACCCUCAGUUGGGGCCCCGUUUCCUGAGCGAUGCUGAGGUGAUGCUGCUGGUGAACUCCAAACACAUUCCUGUCUACAAACUGGAGGCCAUGAUGGAGAGACCAGAGAGAGGGGUCGCCAUCCGAAGACAGAUGAUAUCUGCCAAGCUUCCCUCUCCAACUGCCCUGUCCUUUCUACCCUACACUGACUAUGACUACUCCAAGGUUAUGGGAACCUGCUGUGAGAAUGUGAUUGGCUACAUGCCUGUACCCGUGGGUGUGGCUGGACCAUUGCAUUUGGAUGGGAAACAGUUUCAGGUUCCCAUGGCAACCACAGAAGGCUGUUUAGUCGCAAGCACCAACCGAGGUUGUCGAGCAAUUGCAAUGGGGGGCGGAGCUAGCAGCUGUAUCCUGGCUGACAGCAUGACACGAGGACCUGUGGUGAGGCUGCCCUCGGCGUGCAAGGCUGGCGAAGUCAAAGCUUGGCUUGAGAGCACCCAUGGAUUCCAGGCCAUCAAAGAGGCAUUCGACAACACCAGCAGGUUUGCUCGUCUUCAGAGACUGCUGGUUGGCCUAGCUGGGAGGAAUCUGUUCAUACGCUUCCAUUCCAAGACAGGAGACGCCAUGGGAAUGAACAUGCUCUCUAAGGGUACAGAACAGGCUCUGAACAGACUGCAGCAGCACUUCCCUGAGGUGCAGGUGGUGGCUGUCAGCGGGAACUACUGCACUGACAAGAAACCAGCUGCUAUCAAUUGGAUCGAAGGCAGGGGAAAGUCUACUGUGUGCGAGGCCACAAUUCCUGCCAAAGUGGUCAAGGAGGUUUUGAAGACAACUACACAAGCCCUGGUUGAAGUCAAUAUCAAUAAAAAUUUGGUGGGCUCAGCAAUGGCAGGCAGCAUCGGAGGCUUUAACGCACAUGCAGCCAACCUGGUGGCAGCUAUUUAUAUCGCAUGUGGACAGGAUCCAGCUCAGUCUGUGGGUAGUAGUAACUGCAUCACUCUCAUGGAGGCAUCAGGACCGACAGGAGAUGAUCUAUACAUCAGCUGCACCAUGCCCUCUAUAGAGCUGGGCACAGUGGGAGGAGGCACCAACCUGCCCCCCCAACAAGCUUGUUUACAGAUGCUGGGUGUACAGGGAGCAUGCCAGGACUGUCCAGGAGAGAAUGCUCGGCAGUUGGCCAGGGUGGUGUGUGCUACUGUACUGGCUGGAGAGCUGUCACUCAUGGCUGCUCUGGCUGCUGGUCACUUGGUCAAGAGUCACAUGACACACAACAGAUCCAAGGUGAACCUACAAGAGAGUCCAGGCCCCUGUACAAAGACUGCAUCUUGAGGUCCACCUUCCUCUUAGGACAAGUCUGGGAUGGUCGCAAUUGGAACGCAGUUUUCAAACAAACCUUAGACUUUUUCCAAGUGCUUUCAAAGACACGCAAGAGCAUUUUUGACCAAUAGUUACAAAUGAAGAUUAUACAUAGUCAGGUCCAUAUAUUGUUGGACAGAAAAUUUAAUUUUUACAUUCUGCCUCUGGAUCAUCUAUGAGGAAACUCAUUGUUUGGUGACAUCUGUGGAUUCCAGACUUCAGGUAGUCAUCGACAGCACAGGAUUUUUAUCCAAGUAUUGAAAAUGAUCAUUGCAGUUAUUGCAAUAUUUUUUGAACCCCUUAGAUUAAAUCUGAAAAUCCAUUUCAAUCAUAUCUUGAUUCCUUCAUUUCAAAUUGACUGUGGUAUGGAGCAGCAAAAUUACAGAAUUUGUGUCACUAUCCAAAUAUACAUGGACCUGACUGUGCAUCUUUUAUGUCAACUAUGCAGUCAAUUCAGUUUGAGUUCAGCAUAAAUCUUCAUGCUGUCACGUUAAGAGCAUUGACCACUGAAAACUGUGCAUUGUUUGAUUUCAUCAUUAAGUGCUUUUGCAAAACUACAUUCACACUGCAGUCACACUGCUCAGAUCUGAUUGUGUCGGUUGUUGCUGAAAUUACUGUAUAUAAAUGUGGCUGAUAUCAGACUCCAUUGGACAAGAACAACACGCUCUGAAUCAUAGUUAUUGCACUGAAAGUGCCACAUGAGUUUCCAGUUAAUCAUUUACCAUUAAAUGUCAGCUAUAGCCAUGAAAUUAUAGCUAAUUUCACAAUGCCAUGAAAUACAAUAGAAACAGGUAGUUUUUGCAUUUUAAAGACCUGAUUUGUGUUUUAAGAUAACAUAUCACACCAUCAAACAUAUUUCUACAGCAUUACAUGCAAAACAAAAGCAAAUGUUUGUCAAAGAGGGGGAGAUGCAAAUCAGAAGAAUCUUUUUCCAAUUUUUUUAUUGGUUAUGACAUGACUAAAGACUUCUGAUUAUUACUCUGGUAAAUGCAAGAUAUUACUACAGUAUUAUCUGUGUAUUACCUUACUAUUAUGAUGUUCUUACCAAGGUGUACUAGAAAGUGCUACCAGUGUAACUGAGACAAAUGUUGAUAUACAGUGGUUUGACUAUUCAAACUGAUGUUACAUUGUUAAAAAAAAAUCCCUUCAGAACUGAUUAAGGAAAAUAAAAUGUGAACAUUUGCAGGAUAUUGUACAGAAAUCCUGCACUGCAAGAUAGAAUUUGUAACUCAACAUUCACUGAGAUUCAUAUUUUGUGACAUGGUCAUGGUCAUGACGUGGAAGACCAGAUUCCAUCCUAAAAAA